UGUCACUCCAGUUGGCUGCAUUACUUAGAAAAUGGCACAUUUGUAUCUACAAGGUCUCCAACUAUUAGUUCUGUUAAUAGUCAAAUCAGAAUGCAGAGACAUCCUACCAAAGACUGUGUUUGCUUCUAAAGAAGAAGAUAUAGUUCUCCCCUGCUUUGAGAACUAUAGAACAACGAGCUGCUACAGAGUCAAGUUGAUUAAGUAUGCCACAGAUGCCAGUCAGAUGAAGGUGAUCCUUGCCAGGCCUAAAAUACCCAAACUCAAGGAUGCUGAACGUGUGAAAUGGGAUGCUGAUAGAAAUGUGUCCCUUUUUCUGACAAAAACACAACUAUCUGAUGAGGGACUGUAUGGAUGUGAAAUCUGGCAAGGCUGGGACUGUAUUCAUGUCAAAAACAUUUCUAUAAAAGUGAGAGACUGCAAAACCCUUCAAGCAGUGAAAGCAUCUCCCGGCUCUCCCGUUAACCUGAACUGCCCAGUGAACGUAACAUCAGGACAACAAGGACCGCAAAAUAUCUCCUGGGCAAUGCUGAAAGGAGGUAACCCUAAAUCUCUUGACUCUGAGAGGGUUGAAAUGAAUGGGAUGUCAUUAGCUAUCCAGUCUGUGCAUGACAGUGACAGUGGUUGGUAUACCUGUAAGCACGUGCUUGGACAAACUCAGCGCUGCUUUGAAAUUUACCUGCGUGUCCGAGUGGAAAAUGUCACUGUGGCCACAGUUCCAGGAUUAACAACCAGUGAGAUUAUUCUGGAAACCAAGAUGGAGGGGAGCAGCAGAGCAUUUAUUGCUGUUCUUGUGGCGUCAGUCAUUGUUGGGAUUGCCAUAAUGGCUGCACUGAUAGGACUAUUCAUUUACCGCAGGCGGAACACCCGGAGAGUUACACAGCAAACCCAGAGGCACACACCAGGUACUCUUUCGGAUGUUUAUGAGAUUGUGGAUCUGACACCUUCAGAGGAUCAUACAAACAACUGUCUCUACCAACAAUCCCUGGAUGAAGGCCUGUGUACUUUCCGGUAUCAGUAACAUCAGUCUGCUGAAGACAAAGAAGAAGAUUUUCCUCGUGAAAUCAAAGUCCUUAGUGUCUAAUCUUGUAAAACAUGUAACAUUAACUCACCUGCAAUGUGUUUAUCUUAAAAGAGUAACUGAGAUUUAGAUGGAUCAACAUAGAGAAUGCUAACCUGUUUUUAGACUGCUGAAAAGAGUCUUCCUUAUUGCCAUGUUUCUUCAUCAACAUCUAAUCAACAGUAUUAUUUUUUUAAAAUGGAGACGUGUUUACAAUGUAAUCUUUCUAUUUCUUUCCAAUGUGAAUAAAUAUCUUUAGGACGAUGAAUGAUCACGAGUAAGGAGUCAUAAACACUGAUAACCAUUUAAAAAAAGGCCUUUUUAGUGUAUAGAUGGUUGAAAUCAAAGUUAAAAGACGCUUUUAUUUAGUUCACAGCCUGUAAUAAAUCAUAGAAACUGUCAGUGGUGGCGACAGCUCCUCUUUUGGGUUGUCUUUGCCGUUGUAAUUCCUCUUGAUUUGCAUCCUGGAUGACCUCGUAAACAUGAGUCUGUGAAGAGGAAUACUGGAGUUAUUACAUUGGGAAAUAUAUGCUCGACAAAAGCUAUGAAAAAUUAUUUUCAGCACAAUUAUGUUUUGCCUCUUACCAUUCCAAUACUUGACUGUUCAUUUCCUGCAAACAGAGAGGAAAGAAAACAUCAGCCUUUCGUGCAUUAUUUCAUUCUCAUUGAGGCUCCCAGAUUAUUCUCAUAGUUGUACAGUAGGUUGUAUGGUUCCUAAACCACAUUCACUACCUGCAUCCUUGUGCUGCUUCCUCUUAGUGUACAUGUAGGAUCCUCCAGCGGUUAUACAUAUCAGGAGAGCUAGUGGAAGGGCUACCCACGCAGGUGUUUGCAGAGCUGCUGACAUUAAAUAGUAAUAAUUUCCUCUCUGUUUACUCAGAAACAUUAAACAUUUUGGUUUUAUUUAGGAGAAAAGGCAACACUAGCAUUAUGCAUACUUACGGUGAACAGUGUGCCACUUCUUUGAUGCCAUCACAUCACUCUCUCUAUGCACAAAGCAAAUGAAUUCAUCUGAUGUCGUUGACAAAACUGGGAGAAACAGCCUGUUUAUCAGAGAGUUAUUGACAUUCAUUAAGCGGCUCUGCCAGGUAUUUUGGCUACCUCUGGACCAAGUCAAAUUGAUGUCUUUUCCACAUUCUUUAGUGCAGGUAAGCACACAAGUCAAAGUGAGAUUAUCUCCACCUGGCCCACGCUCUGAGGUAACUUUAAAGAAAAACGUGAGAGGAAAUGUUUUAUAAUAGCAGUGACACAAAGUAGAUAUAGGACAAUUCAUGCUCCGCUCUGGCAUUUAAAGUGUUAACACUCACCAUCGAGGGUGUGCAGCCUGAUUUUGUUAAGCACCUUUUGCUGAUCAGUGGAGUCUGAACAUUGGUAGUCCCCAGCAUGCAGAGCACUCACUUUGCUAAUGACCAGCGAUGAAUCUUCAUUGACAUGAAAUUUCUCUGUUUGGCCUUUUUGGGGUGACAUAUCAUCUGUCAGUGUCCUUUCACCCACAGACCACUUCCCUCUGACACUCACACCAAGAGAGGAAGUGUCGCUACAAGAGAGUGACACUGACUCACCCACUGCUGCAAACACUUCCUCUAUGCCAUCUGAGCGAAAGAGGGCACUGGUUACAGUUUGGACACGUUAAACCAUAUAGUUCAUUUGGAGUGCGCUGAAGUGAAGUUUAGUACCUUUUAUUGUUGUCGUGUAACUGAUGGUAGCUUUCACUGUGUCAUUCUGAGUCAGCUGGCAUUUCCAUUUUCUGUGAUGAUCCGUCAGCUUUUUAGUGAUGAUCAGUUUAGAGAAGCAUUCAGAGGGAUUGUCAAAGUUAAAUCUUUUCCCAUUUAAAGGUGUAUUGUCUCCUGUCCUCCACGUGAUAUGUAUCCCUUUGUUGUUACAAGGGGCGAGUCCUUUAUACAUGUUGAGGAAGCAGUGAAGCUCUAUUGUGCCUACCGCAGGAGUGGAGCGCUCAGUAACUGUUGAAUGAGAAGAA